ACCCCAUGCACUACUUCUUGUGAAACCACUAUUCCACAGACCAUCAUGUGAAUUGUGAACAGAUCAGACCUCGACAGCAGCUGAAGAGAGACAGAUCGAAAAAUAAACAAAGAUGGAGAAGAUCAGUUUUUACGUUUGCCUGGAAAUAAAUGAGAGAAAGUAAAUAAUGAGUGACAUUUCUGCUGGUUUUGCAACAUCUUUAUCGUAACCACUCGCCCGAUUUGGCCUGGAAUUCGUUUCUCGAGUAUCGUGGUUAAAUAAUGCGGUCGCGCACACUGUAAACACACGUCUCACGUGAAUUAUAAACAAUGGAUUAGAUGUGGAAAUGCAGAGAAAAAUCAUGUAAAUGGCUUGGCGAUUGAUACAGAUACAUUAGCGCCAGGAGCUGUCAUUUCGGACAUCUUUGUGAAGAUGUAUCAGCUGGGCUCUUUGGCGAAUGAAGUUUCAAUUCAAAAGUUAUUUUAGUAUUUUUCAGAUGAAUUUCUUUAGUAAUAUGGGUCAAGAUGAGUCUGUUAUUGCAGCACCAAACCAAAAUUACACAGAUAAUAUGGAACCUUGGGUGAAAUUUUACGAAGAUGAUGGUGAUCUAUUACUAGCCCAAGCAGCUUCUUAUAGUAGUUAUCAAGACUUUGAGAAUGCAUAUUAUAAGGAGUACCAGAGUACACCUUUGCAUCAUGCCAUCAAGAGUUCUAAAACUGAGAUUGUUAGAAAAUUAUUGCUCAAAGGUACGGAUAUCAACAAUCUUGACUAUAUGUCUUAUACACCUCUGUAUUACUCCAUUACUGCGGACAGUGAGGAGAUAGUAAAACUGCUAUUAGAUUAUGGUGCUGCUGCUAAAGGCAGCUUUGUGGAAAAUGACAACGAAGUGUCAUACUUUGAGCGAGUCUGCCAAUCGUGCAAUUGGAAGAUUGUUAAAUUAUUUCUUAAUUAUGGUUGCAAUGCUAAUGAAGUAUUCAUCAAUGAUCCUUGGAGCUAUCCAAAGUACUGCAGGCCUCUCCACAUAGCAGUGAUUUUUAAGCGCCUGGAGACAAUCAAAAUAUUGCUCAACUACCAUGCAGAUGUCAAUGAUAUAAAUCAUAAUGGCGAAUCUCCUCUUUACUUAGCAUGUGCAAGGAACUAUGUAGAAGCAGUUGAGUUGCUCUUGAACAAAAAUGCUUUGGUUAAUGUAUAUGCUAAGGACAACACCACUCCACUUUAUCAAGGUAUCAAAUGUGGGAACAACAAGAUUGUUGAACUUCUUUUGUCUAAUGGAGCUUAUAUAGAAAACGAAAAUAUAGAUACAGUUAUGAAUAUCUGUGAUCCAUUGCACGUUGCUAUUUCAAGGGGGUACUUGAAAAUACUUGAAGAUCUCUUGAGCCAUGGUCUGAAUGUUAAUAUGAAGUAUGGCGUGUCGAAGAACGAAAAGGAUCCUGCAUUUUUACAUACUGCAGUUGAGAAUGAACAAAUUGAAAUUGUUGAUUUACUUUUAAAGUACAAUGCAGAAGUCAAUAUCAAAGAUGGACUAGGGAGAACACCCUUACAUAUUGCUGCAGCUAAUGAGAGUGAAGUAAUGAUUGAGUUACUUUUACAGUAUGAUCCAUAUCUCAAAGUUUCACCAGAGUAUUCUACACUGAAUGCUGUUGACAAGGAAGGCACGACUCCAUUUCACAUGGCUUGCAAAGGACGAAGCAAUGACUGUGUGCAAUAUCUCCUUGAAUGCGGUGCGGACAUAAAUGCGGAAAACUACAGAGGAGAAACAUCGCUGUACUUUGCCUGCGAAGUCGGCGAUUUAAGCAUAGUACAGUUGCUAAUAAUGAACAAGGUAUCAAUUAACGUUUGCACAGAAGACGAGCUCACGCCGUUGCAUAUAGCCGUCAAAAACGGCCACGACAGGAUAGUCGAACUGCUCCUAAUCAAUGAAGCUGUCACUGUAUGCCUUGACAAAAAUGGAAAGAUUCCACUUGAAUUCGCCGUCGACAGCUGGGACAUGAAAAACAUUGAACUCCUGCUGCAAUAUAAUCCAGAUGUCAACAACGAAUGCUACAGAAAAGUUUUCCUAUCUGUGCUACGUACUCACAAAACAUUCGGUUUAGAAACAAUUGAGUGCUUCUUUAAAUAUGGCUACAUAAUGACUCUGGAGGACAAGGCCAACUACGCGAUACUAUUUGAUUGUGUAGUGAAUGGCUACAUCAACAUUGUUGAAGACUUGCUUAACGAAGGUGCCAACAAGGAUGCACAUAUGAAGGGCGAAACGUUGCUGCACAGCGCGACUAAGCACCGUCACUGUGAAAUUAUCGAGAUGUUGAUCAGUAGGAAAGCAAACGUUCACGCAAAAGAUGCAUUCGGCAAGAUCCCAAUCUUCUACGCAAUUGAAAGCAACGACAAAACCAUCGUCGAGUUGUUUCUUAACAACGGCGUCGAUGUCAGGGCAUACCCAGAGCUGCUGCACUAUGUCAUCAUCAAGUGCAGCAACAACUGUAUGGAUAUGAUCGACAUUUUGUUAAAACACGGAGCUGAUAUCAACUAUUGCGACAAGCAUGGAGUGAAUGCAUUGCAUCUGAUAAUUCAGUUCCUGUGCAAGGACAUCAGGGCUGAGCAGUACAGCUUAACGAAGCUACAUGACUACAUUGUCACCGAUACGAUCGUCGAGACAGUAGAAUAUCUGCUCGAGCGUGGAGUGAACGUGAAUGCGAUGACUAAAUUCGGCUGGACAGCGCUGCAUAUGGCUAUAGUUCUGGACGAUAACCUGGAGAAACUCAUUGAGACGCUUCUUAAGUACGACGCGGAUGUGGACUGUAAAAAUGAGUUGGGCAACACACCGCUGCAUCUGUCUUGUCAGAAAGGAAACUUCGCGGUCAUUGCGAUACUUCUUAAUUUCGGAGCUGAUGUUAAUAUCGAAGACGCAUCCGGUCGAACACCUUUGGAUUCUGUGUUCGAAAUCAAGUACGAUUAUCAGAAACAAGCGGAAGAGAUAUAUACGGCAAUCUUCAUCAAUAACUUCGGCGAUCUAAUCAGUUCGUACUACACGACCAGGACCUACAUAAACUUUUGCAACGAGGCCGUCACCAUAUUCCAAAAUCACAUUAUCAAGAUGCGAACUGCCAGGCUGUAUCUCAGUCCUAAAAACGUCAAGUAUUUGGAUGACAAGCAGAAGCUUUUCCAGGAGAAGUGCCAGUCGGAAGUUUGUAGUAUCAAGGAGUUAAAGAUCAACAACUACGUGACUGUCUACGACGUCUUGGUGAAGGAUGUCACCGAAGUUGCAAGGUACACCAAAAACGAAAACAUUCAGAUGAUCUGCGAAAUCUUGGAUAACCCGUUGAGAUUCCCGAUCUACGGAUCUAUGAUAGUCAAUCGAUUGAGGAAGGCUGUGAGGAGAGAGACAUUCUUGGAUAAAGCCAAGGAAUCGCUGAAUAUUCUGAGCCAAUACGGGCUGCCAGACAGUUGCACCGAGAACGUUAUUAUUUAUCUGUCAAACGAAGACUUGAAGAACUUGUGUAAUAUUCUUGUGAAAAGCGAUUCCAAGUCGAAUUCUGCUGAGCAGGACGGCUCCGCGAAAGUUUUACUUAAUCUCUGAACAUAUGGCUCUGAUGAAUUUUUUAUCAAAUGGUCGUUCAGGCGAUUUUCGUUUUAAAAUUAGAGUUUAUGAAGGUUUAGUAAAUCAAGUCAAUAAUGAGAAUGCGAUUCGAUCCCGAUAUUAAUUGAACUUUGAUUUGCUUUAUUUUACAUAAUGUCGAUCGUGAAAAUCUAAUAUAUAGAGUCGAUUUUUGAGUUGUUUGGUUUGUUUUUAAUAUCGAGAAGUAUGGUACUAUCGACGAACCCUAAUCAACGAUAUAUCAUUUGAGAUAUUUAUUUUUACAAUAUUUGUAAAAAGAAUAUAUGUAUAGCGUUGUUAAGAGGAAAUUUUGAAUACUUACAAUUAAUAAAGGCACAUAGUAUUUGUGGUUGCAAAUAUAU